CGUGUCCUUGACGCUUUUGGGAAACUGGUCCCUGAUCCCUCUGUUAUGUGAAAGAGACAGUUCUAACAGUUUCUAUAACUUACUACUGUUUUCUACUUCCUGUAAACUACUGAAAUGCCCCCCCCCCCCUCUCCCUCCCAUCAGCAUGCCCCGGGUGUACCUCGUAUCCUGGUAGGCAACCGGCUCCACCUGGCGUUCAAGCGCCAGGUUCCUACGGAGCAGGCCCGGGCGUACGCGGAGAAGAAUGGCAUGACCUUCUUUGAGGUCAGCCCGCUCUGCAACUUCAACGUCAUCGAGUCAUUCACAGAGCUGUCUCGCAUCGUACUGAUGAGGCACGGCAUGGAGAAGUUCUGGAAGCCCAACAGAGUCUUCACUCUCCAGGAUCUGUGCUGCAGAGCGAUUGUCUCCUGCACGCCCGUCCACCUGAUCGACAAGCUGCCGUUGCCCGUGGCGAUAAAGUCCCACCUCAAGUCCUUCUCUAUGGCCAAUGGGAUGAACGCAGUGAUGAUGCACGGACGUUCCUAUUCGCUGGCCAACGCGGGGGGCGGGUCUAAAGGGAACAGUCUGAAGCGUUCUAAAUCUAUCAAACCCCCCCAGAGCCCCCCACAGAACUGCACACGUAACAACUGUAAAAUCUCCUAGUGAUAGACCCUGUCUGGGGGAGGGGGAGACUGACACCCUAAACACACUGAAACAGACCCUGUCCCUUCCACUGAGGGGAGGAUGUGUAGAGCCUGUGGGGAGAACCAAGUCUGAGACCUAACCUACACCCUGAAGGGAGGAGAUACCCUGAAACAGACCUAGCCCUUACCCCAUACCCUAACCCUGGGGGAGGAGAUACCCUGAAACAGACCUAGCCCUUACCCCAUACCCUAACCCUGGGGGAGGAGGGAGGUGAAACCUAGUGUAGGAGGAGGAGGAGGGAGGUGUGUGGACACAGACUUGAGGAGACCCGACCAGACAUUUCUGGUCAACCCUCGUCCAUAGGAGGGGUUGUGCUGGAGUUGUAAUACACCCAGAAUACAUCCACACCCAGAAUACACCCAGAAUACAUCCAGAAUACAUCCACACCCAGAAUACAUCCACACCCAGAAUACACCCAUAUUACAUCCACAUCCAGAAUACACCCAGAAUACACCCAUAUUACAUCCACACCCAGAAUACACCCAGAAUACAUCCACAUCCAGAAUACACCCAGAAUACAUCCACAUCCAGAAUACACCCAUAUUACAUCCACACCCAGAAUACACCCAGAAUACAUCCACAUCCAGAAUACACCCAGAAUACAUCCAGAAUACAUCCAGAAUACGU